AUGCUGGAGGCCACGGGCUCCGAGUGCACCAUCGGCCGCCUGGUCCGCUUCUGGCAGAAGCCCGAGCACGUGGUCCUCGCGGGCCGGAAGGUCGAGAUCCCGAAGCGCGUGCAGGGCGGCAUGAGCGCCUUCGCCCACGUUGGCCUGCUGGUGCACGUCCGGCCAGGCCCGCGGCAGAAGCGCUCCCGGUGGCUGCAGCUGGACUGGUUCCGCGAGGGCCUCCUCUGCCGGCGGACACAGGAGGAGCCCGCCAUCAGGGACGAGCUUUUCAGGGGAGAGGUCGAGCUCGAUGUGCCUGUAUGCGGUGGCUGGUCUUUGCUGGUAGCAGUGCUGAGGGAGAUCGAGCAUCACUCCUACGGCCUGCUGUUCUGGAACUGUCACCAUUUCGCCGAGCACGUGUGGACGGGGCUCCAACAGCCAGCCAGUGAUGGACAGGCGUGCCAGGCCAUCUUGAUGACCCGGCCUGCCCAUUAUCCCCCCACUGAUGAGCAGGACCUGCUAUGA